GAGAGAGCCAGGAGCUGCCUGCCAUUCCUGGUGAGUCAGUUGGCCAACAUGGAACAUUCAUUUCAUCAUAUUCUCCUGCUGGAGAUUAAGAGCAUCACUGACGCUUUCUCCUCCAUCCUGGGCCCUCAGAGCAGAGAUAUUUUCCGCAUGAGCAACAGCUUCACCACCAUUGCCAAGCUCCUUACCCAACAACUGGAAACUGCCAAGGCCAGAAGCAGCAGGAAAAAACCAAGCACUGAGUUUGAAAUCCCUGAGAAGCUGGAAGAAAUUAAGCUCACAUUGACUGAAAAUGAAGACCGUGAAAAGCUACAAGUUAAAAUACAGGCUUUUGAAGACAAAAUAAAUGCUGAGAGCAAUACUCCUAGCUCUAUCAGAAGAUAUAGUUUGGGCCAAUUUUCUAAGGAAGAAAGAAAAGACAUUAGAUUUAGCAGGGUGACCAAUGCCUCUUGGUUUGUCCAGGACUUUCCCAGUUUUAGCAUGGAGAGUCUCAAGUCCCAGCAGCCACCUCAGUUCCCAGCAAACCAGGAUGAUUCUGUUAGAAGUUGCGUAGCAAAGUUGUUCUUUACCUGCUCCCUGAAGGGUCAUUACUGCCUCUACAGUAAAUCCAGUUUUAUUCUCAUCAGCCAAGAACCUCAGCCGUGGAUCCAGAUCAUGUUCCUCUUUCAGCAGAGCCUGUUUCCUGAGCCCCUAUCCAUACAAAGUCAUUCUGUGCAAUUUCUCAGAGCUCUGUGGGAUAAGACCCAGGCAGAGGGUGCUCACAGCUUUGAAACAGCCAUGAUGGAGUCCACAUUUCCACAGCAGAAGUGUACCUCUUCUCCCUUCACCUUCCUCACCUCAGAAUUCGGCUCAGACACAUUUACUCCAGGAAGCUUUGCUGCUUCCCCUGCCCCGUUAAGAAGAGUUGUAAAUCAAGAUGGCCAGCCUCUCAUAGAAGGAAAACUUAAAGAGAAGCAAGUCAGAUGGAAGUUCAUCAAAAGGUGGAAAACUCGUUAUUUUACACUGGCUGGAAAUCAACUUCUGUUUCAAAAAGGAAAGUCUAAAGAUGAUCCUGAUGACUCUCCAAUAGAACUCAGCAAAGUACAGAGUGUGAAAGUUGUGGCCAGAAAACGCAGGGACCGCUCCCUCCCUCGAGCUUUUGAAAUCUUCACAGACAAUAAAACCUAUGUUUUCAAGGCCAAGGAUGAGAAGAAUGCAGAAGAGUGGCUCCAGUGCAUCAAUGUGGCAGUUGCCCAAGCAAAAGAGAGGGAAAGUAGAGAAGUAACCACAUAUCUGUAGGGAUUUGCAAGCCGACCUCACACUGACUGUAUACAAUGGGCAUUGCAUUAUCAUUGCCAAUGUCAAGAAAAAGAGAUAAAUUCACCAAGUCACGUUGUGUUUUUCUAAGUACCAGUGGAACUGUUUUCCCUAAGAAGCAGGACCUAAAAGUGGCACGAUUUUUAUGCAUUUCAUAUUCUAAUGGCACCUCGUUAACUCCAGAACAUCUGUGUGAUGCAUACAGGAAAAGGAGCUACAGAAGGUAUGGGGCAGAAAGGGGAGAGUGAAGGAUCUAGGAACCUCUGUAGAUAUGCCAUUGUACAUUGUAAGAACACAACUUUACAAGAUACCUGAAAUACCUAUCCUGAGUUAAGAUUAAGCACUUCUGAUGAAAACCACAGUCUGCCAAAAGUAUUAGAAGAAAAAAAAAAAAGCCCUAUUGGGAAAAGUCAAAAUUAUUGACCCUGAGGGAAAGCAUAUAACUGACUUACAUAGACAUACAACUGUCUUUUUUCUCUCGAAUGCAAAUGAGGCGAACACAUGGUAAAAUGGUUCUCAAGUGAAGACAGUUAUAUAAUUAAAUGUCUGUCUUUCAGAACAACUUCUCUGAUUAUUCCAUUUAGGUUCAUAUAAUAUGAUCUAAAGUGUAGGUUCUUGGCUAUAUCUCCUGCCCAAGGCAGUAAGUGUAAGCUAGGAUAAACAUAGAAACCAUUUUCACCAUCUUCAAAAUAUGGGCCAUUUCCAUUAAACUUUGAGAUGUUAAAGUUCUAUACCUUUCUUCUUUAUAUUCAAUCUUUUAAUAUCUCAAAAUUACAUUUAAUGGAUUUUCCCAUAACUCAUAUUUUUAAAAAAAAUUAAGCUGUGGCAGGCAGAAUUACAGAAUGAUUCCCAAUGGCCUACACCCGGAUCCUCCCCUUGAGUGUGGUGGGACUUAUAAUUUGCUUUUAACUAAUAGAAUAAGGCAGAAAGAAUAGGAUAGUCUCUUCCAUGAUUAUGUUACAUUACAUGGCAAAAGUGAAGAGAUUUCUGGUUCUUAAUCAGGUGACUUUGAGCAAGUCAAAAGGCGGAUAUGACCCUGGGUGGGCCUGACCUCAUCAGAUAAGCCCUUUAAAAAAGAGUGAACAAGUCAGAGACUCUCUCUUCCAUUGGCCUUGAAUAAGUAAGCUGCCACGAGUUCUAUAGCUUCAAGGGAAUGAAUUUUGCCAACAACCAGCGAGCUUGGAAGAGGAUCCCAGCCCCAGCCAACACCUUGAUUGCACCUUUGCGAAACCCUGGGCAGAGGACCCAGCUAAGCUGUGCUUGGACGUCUGACCUAGGGGAACUUUGAGAUAAUAAAUACAUGCUGUUUAAAGCUG